CCCUUUCUGGAGAGAAGCACCAAACUUAACUACCAAUCAACGGGCACCGAAUUAGUCUUUACAAAUUGCCAACACUAGACAUUAAGUGAGGACUUGUGUGUUAGUCGGAUUUCUGAUUUUGAUUCUUUUUUUCCAUGAUUUUAAAAAAGGAAAGAUAAAAAAGGAUAUUUUUGGCAAUAAUUAUUUUGGUCACUAUGUCGGUGGGGGAUUGUACAAUGGCAGUCACUGCAGAUGAUCUGGAUGGGAAUGCUCAAGCCGGGACUUUAUCAGAAUCGGAAGGCCAACCCCCCAACCCGACUACAGCACCCCAUCCCGACGUGUAUCUUGAAGCCUCCCCCGACCCCCACAUCCAAUCCCAUCAGCCAGCAAUGUCGAUCGCCAGCAUGGCCUACAACCAGUCAACAGUCCUCCCACCUAACAGCAAGGUGGCCCCUUACUCCGUCAAUGGGAUCAGUCUGUCCUCUCCCAAUGUCGACAUGAUGCACCCAGCCAUGGGAUACCCUGACAUGUAUAUGUCUUCAGCGUCCAACCCACGGAAACAGCGCAGGGAGAGGACCACCUUUACCCGGGCCCAGCUCGACAUUCUGGAGUCCCUCUUCCAGAAAACUAGAUACCCUGACAUCUUCAUGAGGGAGGAAGUGGCGCUGAAGAUCAACUUGCCAGAAUCCCGAGUACAGGUGUGGUUUAAGAAUAGACGCGCCAAAUGUCGACAGCAGCAGAAGGCACAGGAGGGGAAAUCCAAGCCCCCCACACCCAAGAAGGCAAAGUCUCCCCCUCCAGCCUCCACCUCGCCCGUUUACUGUAAACCCCCCGUUGUCAGUACCCCUCCCUCAAACGUGAUGACAAGCCAGUCCUCUAUCUGGAGUCCCGCUUCUAUUCCUCCCGUGAACGACAUCUUGAACUCCAACAGUUGCAUGCAGAGGGGCGGCUACCCCAUGUCUAACACCCAGACUGCCUCCUACCCUCAUCAAAACUAUGGACCCUCAAGUUACUAUAGUGACAUGGGCUACCUCAACCAUAUGCAGCUCCCGGUGAUGUCAAAUCAAAUGAAUCAAAUGAACGGGAAUCAGGUAUCCUAUGGGUCCAUGCCCGCCCCGCAGAUCCCCAGGGCCAACCACGCAGACUGUCUAGAAUACAAAGACACGUCAUCGUGGCCUAAAUUCCAAGUUCUGUGAUUGUAUUCAUUUUAUUUAUGUUGAUUCAACAAUUAUUUUAUAUGACCGACUCUCUGAUUCACUGAGUCAACUUUUCUGCGCCAACUGCUACAAGAAGGCGCGUCUGUUAGGAUACCCUUCGUCAGUGGUUGCUAUGGAUACCCGGGUCCCACGCGUCAGAGGAGCCAGUGGUCGUCUGCGUGCAAAAUCACCGCGCUUCGCCAAGUGGAUUUUUCGUAAAUAUGUUUACAAGUUGUCUCAAAAACACUCAUCUAUGAUAUUUAAAUGUUGAAGUGUAAACAUUACACAUCUAAUAUAUGAACUAACCCACACAAGUCGUUGACAUACUGAACAUUCGCAUUUUGUAUGCCAACGUCUCCAUUACUGUACGUCCCACUUAAAGCCUGGAAAAAAAUAUAUACGAAAUGGUGCAAUGUCAUAUCUGUUUAUCAUAUAAUAUUGAGGACCAGGCGCUGAAGCAUAAUAAGUCAAAUUGUUGUCCCUGUCCGCCUCUGUAUAACGUUGUUUUAAUUGAGAUUGGUCGAGAUAAAUACUCUCCACGUAUUGUAUAUACUAACAACGAAUUUUGCUAACUUUGAAAACUGGCCCGAUUUAGUGGCCAGUUAAGCAUAAUGAUGAGAAUGUCUCACGUUGUCAUGUUUUGCACGUGUCUGUAUGUUUGUCCGUGAGAAUAUCCGAGUGACGCUGUAUGUUUGAAAUUCAUAUUAAACGUUGUUUUGUAUGAGUCUUA